AUGAAUCCAUAUACAUCGUUUCAAUACAAAAGGACAGGGCCGAAAUGGGAUGCCGAUUUCAAGCGUCUCUCAUUAUCGCAGAAGAUUAUUUUUAUAAACUGUGCAAAUCCAGUGAAUUCUCCUCUGUACGUAGACACUGGUACUUGCCUUAAUGGAGCGGAAUCUUCCAAUGCUUCCCUCUCAACGCAUUCAUAUGUGAAUAUUGGUGGCAUGAAGGCCUCGGAUGUGAUGGAACUGUGCAGCUUAGAGAGGAUGACGUUUUUGCCAGCCAAGGAUUACAAGAACAUGUCCUUUAAGGAAAUUCACAGUCAGCUGGCAUAUGGGUUUGAGCUUUCAUGGCACAAUAGCAGGUGUGGAAGCUGUGCAUGCUACAUCGAUGAUUCGAACCGUAAACACUGCAUAGAUGGACUUUCUUGGUCCAGAUGGACUUUCUUGGUUCUGGACAACCGUAGCCGUCCUGCUGUCUGUAUCCAUGUUCAUUGGUAAGAACUUCCCUUAUUGAUUAUUUAUAUUUUCUUUAAGAUAAGAUAUUGGAUCAUAUUUUAUUAGCAGAUACAAAAUGAUAAUUCCUAAAUGUCUUCUUAUGCCAAGUUCUUGGGCUUGGGGGGUUGCCUAAUGUCUGAGACAUAUCUUUUGGUUAAGGGUAUGCUUUUCUACAAACCCUAACACCAAACCUAACCCAUGUUGUGUAUUUAACUUAUAAUCAGUAAGAAAUAAUAAUGAUUUCCGUCUUC